UCUCUUCCUGGAUGGGGAACGUGGCGAACGUGUGCGCGGGCGAGCGGGACAAGGCGGAUCCGCUCACGUUGGUGGAUGCCUUGCACGCCGAGCAGCUGGCUGAAGAGCACGAGGCGCAGGAUGCCGGGCAACUGGCGGGGGCGAAAGACAAUUUUGUCAAGAAGCCGCUGAGUCGCACAUGCACGGACCCCUUGUGCGCGCUAGUAUUGUUGUUCUUUUUGGGUUGCAUGGUAGAGAUUUGCCUUUAUGCACGGGGGCACGGGGACAUUCGAAAGCUCACCUCUGGGAUGGAUUGGCAGGGCCGUCUGUGUGGGCUGGAUGCGGGCGUGGAAACGAAGCCGUUCCUCUACUGGUGCCAGGAAGGAGACGUGGCCGAUGCCUCUCCCAAAGAUAUCCAGACCGAUUUCCCUAUCUGUGUCAGCAGCUGCCCAGCGGACACGGGGGCCACUGUGAUGUGCCCACAGCAGCCAGACGAGCACAAACAUAUCGAACCAUUGCAAGACGGAGGCACUGUUACUGUGCUCACCGUGACACAGGCGACGAAGAAUUUGACCACAUAUCCCACACGCCUCAUUGGUUACACAUAUUGCGUUCCCUAUACCCCAUUGAUUGCAGAAGCCUUCACAACGAUGGGCGACCAUAUUCGAACGACUCUCUACGUGGACACAGCAGUUGGCCUGUUACACGAUCUAGGCAGCCUCUGGCACGUCGACAACGUACUGCUUUUUUCAGGAGUGCUCGUUGGCGCCGUGGUCGUCAAUUUCUUUUAUUUGACAAUGGUCUGGCACUGUGCCAAGAUAGCGCUUCUUUUUUGCCUCUGGAGUUGCGUCGCUUUCACGAAUGGGCUCGGCAUUUUUCUGAUAGUUGCUGGGCUCCAUCUUGAUGGAUUCGACCCCACUGGUUCAGUUGCCGAGCCUCUCUUCGAAUAUUUAAGCCAACCCGUUGCAAGAGAAGCCUCGAUUGUGACCGGUGCCGCGCUCAUCAUUGUCGGCCUUGUAUUGGCCAUCUUGGCGUGCUGCGCCAAGGAUACGAUCGAUGUGGCCGUCGGGUGCCUACAGGUUGCCGCGAAAGUGAUUUUCUCGAUGCCAUGGGUCUUGCUGCAGACCGUCGUGUGCUCCGUCUUAAAGGUCGCUCUCCUCGCAGUGCUCCUCUAUUACCUCUUGCACCUCGUUGCCUGUGGGGCGGUUGCGCAGAAGUCCAUACAGAUCGGCACGUUUGCGGUCAGCGGCUUGCAUGGUACCGUGUCGUUCACAACGGAGCAGAUUUACAUGCUCUGGAUUUUUGGGUUUGGGAUAGUUUGGUUGAUGGAGGUGUGCAAUGCGAUCCAAACGUACGCUAUUGCAUACGCCACCGUCGCGUGGUACUACACACCGAAGAACGAGAACGGGUCCAAGCGCUGUGAGGGCUUCGGGGGUCUGAGUCUGGUGAUCACUGGUCUCCUGAAUUGCGUUGUAUUCCACUCAGGCACUGUGGCAGUGGGGGCGUUCCUCAUUGCCUUGGUUCGUGGUCUGCAAUUCCUCAUGUACCUGAUCGACAAAGAGGCGGACGCACAGGAAAACCGUGUGACUCAGUGCAUCGCCAGGUCCUGUUUCUGUUGCCUGGAUUGUUUCGAACAGUGCUUGGCGGGCAUCAACAAGAAUGCAUACAUCCACAGCGCGAUAUAUUCGACUCAUUUCAUGCCGUCUGCAAUGCAGGGGCUUGAUUUCAUCUCCCGGCAAAGGUCAGAGAUUACUGUAUUGAACGGUGCGACAUUCAUCGCCCAACUCGUCUGCGUGGGUUCUAUCACCGCUUGUGGUGUAUUUUGCUCGUGGGCCGUGCUGACGGAAGGAUAUAUCUCGGAGCAAACAGUGUUCAACCCCGACAUGGUUGCAGGCGUGGCAGGUGUCAUUUGCCUGGCUGUGUCGUCAGUGUUCAUGACUCUCCUGGACGACGUCUCAGACACCCUGUUGUACACGUUUUCCGAUCACAAGAACACUGAUUUGUCCUCCGUUCCCAGAUUUGCGCCUGACAACCUCAGCGACUUAGUUGAUUCGAACAGAGGAAAGCAUGAUGCACAUCAUGAGCGGCGGAAUGCAAGAGGCACUGGAUCUUUUUGA